AUGCUAAAUAUUGAUCAUAAAAGUUAUAAAAAUAUAAUACUCAAGUUUUUAAGUCUUGUUAAAUUUGAUUUUACGGAUGAUAAAUUGGGUGGAUCUGGCAAAAUUAUCCAGAUAGAUGAAACGGCACUUAAUCACAGUAUUAAAGCACAAGGAGGGAAAAUUCCUACGAAUAAAACCGAUGCUUUAUGCAUCGUUGAAUUUGAGGAAAACAUCAACAGAACUUAUGCUUGUGUUAAAGAGAAUAAAAAAGCUUCAACUAUUUUACCAACAAUCUGUGCUAAUGUUGCAUCUAAUAGUAUAAUACAUAUCGAUGAGCAUAAAAGCUAUUCUGCGCUUAACAACAUGGGUUCCGUUCAUGACACGGUCUGUCAUAAGUGUACUUUUAUAAACCCAGAAACGGGUGCCAAUACGCAGGCUGUGGAGUCCUUUAACAAUUCGCCGAAGUUAGACAAAAAAAAAGAAAAGGAAUAA